AUGGACCACGUUUUCAAAUUGAUGGAGCAAUAUGCCAACUCUUUGGAGGAAGAAGUUCAAGCUCGUACAAAGGAACUUGUUGAUGAAAAGAAGAAAAGUGACAACUUGCUAUGUCGCAUGUUACCAAAACAAAUUGCGGAAAAGUUGCGGCAGGGACAUCCAGUCAUACCCGAAGCUUUCGAUAGUGUUAGUAUCUUCUUUUCGGAUAUCGUAUCUUUCACCGAGCUGUCCGCAAAGUGCACUCCCAUGCAGGUAGUAGACUUGCUGAAUGAUUUUUACACGACCUUUGAUAGCACCAUAGAAAAAAGAGACGUGUAUAAGGUGGAAACCAUCGGCGAUGCAUAUCUUUGUGUAUCUGGACUACCUCAUCGAAACGGUAACGAACAUAUCAAGGAAAUCUGUCUGAUGUCGAUUUCAUUGCUGAAAGAUCUGAAACAAUUUCGUAUUUCUCACAUGCCUUCAUACCGGAUAAUGAUACGCAUUGGUAUUCACACAGGCCCUUGUGUAGCUGGUGUGGUCGGACUGGCCAUGCCAAAGUAUUGUCUGUUCGGUGAUACUGUAAAUACAGCCAGUAGAAUGGAAAGUAAUGGAAAACCCGGAAAAAUACAUAUGUCUGAGCAGUCUGCAACACUACUCAAAGAUGAAUUCCCGGAGUUUAAAACGGAUCCACGUGGGGAGAUCUUGAUAAAAGGAAAAGGAGUGAUGAACACAUUUUGGCUUAUCAAUGACGACGACACCGAUAGUCAAAUGAGCCAGCUGGUGUAG